CCACAAAAACAUCAAUUGUUCACGAGCACAUCGAAAAUUCUGUUGAAAAGAGAGCUGAUUUAAAUAAAGAGAAAAAUGAAACUUUAAGGGAAAAAAGACAGAUCACAUCUUCCAUUGGUCAAAUUGCACAAGGUAUUAUGCCAAUUUUGAAUCCAAGAAAAGCUUCAAUCCUAAAACAACUCAAAGAUGAAGAAAUAUCAUUACAAAGAAAGGAAGAACAAAUUGAAAAAGACAAGAAAAAAUAUGUAAUGCCUCAUUCUAUACCUUUAGGAUAUGAUAGAUUUUAUAACAAGUAUUUUUAUUUUGAUGGUUUGGGUAUAACAGUUGGAGAAAAAUAUGGUACAGGUAAAAUUUGGGUACAAGUUCCCCAGGAACAAGAUUUGAGAAUGUUAACUGAUAGAGAUGUGCACCAUUAUUACAAAAGAAAAAAAGCUGAAGAUUCAGUGAACAGAGAAUCUGUAUUGAAGAAUAAACUUUUAAAUCACUAUCAAGAACUUUCGGCUUGUUUAAUGAAAAGGAAACAGGAUUUGACCACACCUUGUAUGACAAUUGAAGUGAGAAGUAAACGAGUACAAAUUACUAAUGCAGUACUUUCUUCACAGUCAUGA